ACGGGGGUGUGCGCGUACGCCGGCCAGACAAGACAGUGGCACACAACACGUCAGAAGCAGGUGAUUCGCGUGGAAAAUGGGGAAAAGAGUGAAGUUGAGGAUUUUCCCUGCAUGAUAGACAUUUUCUAGGGCUGCUGGCGUCCCCUAAGGGCUUGUGCCAAGUGAAAAUGGACUUCGUUUACCGUCUGCUACUCUGCCUGGUGCACUUUGUCUACUGGUGUUGCGAGUCGAUGGCUUUCUUGUGCUUCCUCGCCCGCAAAAAGUGUGAUUUGUUUUGGACUCGAACCGACUUGGCAGAGCAGAUCACGCAAGUUGCCAGCUGCGUAAAGCAGCUUAGGAACGUUCCUUCACACCUGGCCUUCCUGCUGGUGGAGGAAAAUGUCGUUUCGGUGCACGACCUGGCCAACGUGGUUAUUUGGAGCUUUGCUGCAGGCAUCUCUUUCAUCACAUUUUAUGACCACGACGGUAAAAUCAAGAUGUGUGAAAAGAAGCUGAUGCAAGAACUUUCAAAUAAAGCGGGCAGCAAAAUUUUCAAUAAUAUUCUCUGGGACACUAUAUCCAGCACCAAUGGCCACAGCGACAUUUCUAAUGUAAAUGGCUGCACCAAUGGCCUCUCAAAUGGCUUGAGCUGUCACAAGCUCAGGGUCAACCUGAUGAGCUACGAGGAUGGUCGUCCAAAAAUCAUCAGGGCAGCUGUUGAGCUCGGUUUGCGAGAGAAAAUGGGCAACAGCAAACGACAGGAGCGUCUAUCAGUCAAUGAGGCUGAUGAAGUCAUAAGAGCUGUGUAUCAGUCCCAAUUUGGCUCAAUGCCAGAUCCAGAGCUUGCUGUAUGGUGUGGCUCCACGCCAUGCCUUGCAGGGUUCCUUCCAUGGCACACAAGUCUGACAGAAUUCUUGCAACUACAAAGUCACCAUGGUCUCAACUCAUCUGAUUUCCUAAAUCUCAUGGCGAGAUACAACAAGUGCGAACAACGUUUUGGCAAAUAGUGCGCAGCAAGGACUGUGAUCAAACGAUUUCUUCGAGGGCUUAUCGGAAAUACUGUGCUUGGACCCUCAAAACGAGACUGUCGUUCAGCGGUCCGUAAUGGUGUAGUUCGUAGACUGCUCUUGUUAUUUGUGGUAUGAAUUACCUCAAAAUGUACGCGAUAAUAUCCUACUGGGCUGUUAACAACAUAAGUAAACGAAAAUCGACUGUGGCGCUUGUUCAGUCACAGCUCUGCCUGCUUCCAUUCAAUGGAUAAAUCAGGUGUAUGAGAGAAACAGAAAAAUUUAAGAAAGUAAAAAUGUGCCACACUUUCCAGUUGAGUUGCAAUAAAUUUUCUGUUUCUAUUUGUUGUGCAUUUGGAAUGUUUUUUUCUGUUCAAUUAUAUAGCAUUGUUUUAGUUAAGAGCCAAUUUUUUCGACCGUAUCGAAAAGUAACGUGGUUCACAUUGAGCAAACAUUCCAUAAUAAUAAUUAUCACUUACAUCAGAUUUUAUUGAUUUUUGAAGUGCAAGGAAAAUAAAUUAUAUCCUGUGAAAAUGGUGAA